AGUGCCUCUUCUCCAAACACUACAUUCAUAUGUGAUUUUUUUUCAGAAGGCAGUGCUGUUUCAGAAUGCCUGUUUUAAAGCUGGCAUAGGUAGCAUUCUGGUAAUACACUGAGGUGUGCCUUUCCCACUUUAUGAGGCUUUUUGUUUUUAUAGUGAUCAGGCACUAUGGUAACAACAGUUUCAUGGAUAGAAACUGGAAAGUGGGUUUACUGGGAAGAAUUGGUGCUUCUUUUCCUAUUCUAAUAUGUAGCAGAGCAGAUUCUUUAUUUCUUAGCACAAGUAGAAACCAGUGACAGUUCUAAAGCCAUCCUGCCUGGGUCAGGGCCAGACUUCACUAGAUUGAUUGUAUGACAGUAUUAGUUUCUUGUGACUGUUGUAAAAAAAAAUUACUAUAAACUUUGUGAUUUAAAACAAACAGAUUUAGCCAAGCAUGGUGGUACUUGUCUGUAAUCCCAGCUACUCUGCAGGCGGGGGCAGGAAUAUUUUGAGUUCAAGGCCAGCCCAGAGAAAGUUAGCUCAGACUCUGUUUCAGAAACAAAGUACAAACAAAAGGGCUGGAGCAUGGCUUAGAAGGUAGAGUGCUUGCCUAGCAUAUGUGAGGCCUUAGCUUUAAUCCUCAGUCCCUCUCCCCCCAAAAUUUAUUAUAGUUGUGGAGACCCAAAGUCCAGCAUGGGUUGUCUCGCUGGGCUAAAAUAUCUUGGCAGGCUUGGUUCCUUCUGGAGACAGGAGGAUCUGUUCCCUGCCAGAAGUGCACCUUCCUGGGCAGAGGUAUCUGGAGGGAAGGUGGUAGUCCAGCCAGAAGGCACUGCAUGUGUACAGAGGCACAAGGACGUGUAGUCAGGGCAUAUGGUGAAUGGAAAACCAUUCCAUGGUGUUUGUGUUUCAGCCUUAAGAGCAGUGGGAAGUCAUUGCUGGGGUUCAAGCAGAGGAGUGAAAUAAUCCGAUUUUUGUUUAGGAAGAGUGUGAAAAUGAACAAUGAGGAGAAGCCUGGCAACAGAGGUUCAGGCAAUAUUGUGAUGGUUGGGGCCAGCAAAUUGUGACUAUACCAUGACCACUUGUUUAUGUCCUGUCCUUGGCUGUUCUCACACCACAGUGGCGGAACUGAGUGGUUAGACGAAAGUUUUUAUGACUACAAAAUUCAAACUAUUUUCUGUCUUGGACUUUACAGAAAAGAUAUGCCAUUCUCUGACCUCAGUAAACUAUGGUACAAGUCCGACUCUGAAAAUUCCCUCCACCUGUUGGCUUCAGGAGUGAAGCUGUAGAGCUAAGACCUAUGGUGGUUUAGUUGCUAAAUUUUAUGUGUUCACCGUACUGUUCUCUUUGCCCAUCAUGUAACUAACCCCUGGUUUUCCAUCAGGUCUCCACCCAGAAGUCCACACCCCACCAACCCUGAGUUUGGGACAAGUUCCAUGGGCCACCCCAUUCAGCAGUGUGGUUAGUGCUGAGCUAGAUCACACAUUCUGAGCACAAAGGCAGUGUCAUCUUCUAGUCGACUACCCAUGAUUUAUAUUGCUUCUGCCCAGACCCACCUCUUGGGAGGUAUCAGUACUUACUUGAAGAAUGCACUGACUAGAGUCAUGACUGUUGUUGGAAGGCAGAACUGUGGUUGGCGUUAAGUACAGCUGAGAAGAGGCUGGAAAUGAAGUCACAGUACUGCUGCUGAGCACCAAUGGAACAGUAAUCAACAAGCUGAAAGUUGUUAAGAAACAAACUUGCCCUUUACAGACUGGGGAUGUCAUCUAUUUGGUGUACAGGAAGAAUGAGCCGGAGCACAAUGUAGCAUACCUCUACGAAUCUUUAAGUGAAAAGCAAGGCAUGAAUCAAGAAUCCUUUGAAGCCAAUAAAGAAAAUGUGUUCCAUGUGACCAAAGAUAUCUCAGGUCCAGGGCGGGGUGACGACUCCCAGGUCCCACCAUCAUUGCCCGCUGCUCAGGCGUGCUUGGAGGAACCACAGCCAUCGACAUCGACAUCAGACCUCUUCCCUACAGCCGCUACCUCCUCCACAGAGCUGACUUCCACAGGGCAAGAGCAUUUCUCUAGCUCCGAGUCUGGGAGUAUAGGCAUCUCCCCGAAAGGAUGUUGCACAUUUGUGACAAGUGACAAACUCCCCAGCCUUGUUCCAGUUCUCCAAGACAGAGAGGGAACACCCUUUUCCUUGUUGGAACCCCAGGACCAGGAAGAUUUGGAGCCUGUGAAAAAGAAGAUAAAAGGAGAUGGGGAGCUCAAACUGAACCUGCAGUUGUUGGUUACAGACCAGUGCAGAAACACCCAAACCAUUCGUGAGGAUGUCAGAGCUGCCUCUGUGAAGCCAGACAAGAUGGAGGAGACACUCACCUGCAUCAUCUGCCAGGACCUGCUGCAUGACUGCGUUAGUUUGCAGCCCUGCAUGCACACAUUCUGUGCAGCUUGCUACUCGGGCUGGAUGGAGCGCUCAUCCUUGUGCCCCACCUGCCGUUGUCCAGUGGAGCGGAUCUGUAAAAACCACAUCCUGAACAACCUUGUAGAAGCAUACCUUAUUCAGCACCCAGACAAGAGUCGCAGUGAAGAAGAUGUGAGAAAUAUGGAUGCCAGAAAUAAAAUCACUCAAGACAUGCUGCAGCCCAAAGUCAGGAGGUCUUUUUCUGAUGAAGAGGGGAGUUCAGAGGACCUGCUGGAGCUGUCAGAUGUUGACAGUGAAUCCUCAGACAUCAGUCAGCCAUACAUCGUGUGCAGACAAUGUCCUGAGUACAGAAGACAAGCAGUGCAGCCCCUUCCCUGCCCUGCACCUGACAGCGAGCUAGGGGCCCCUCAGGCCCUUGGGGGAGAUGCACCAUCGACGUCUGCCAGCUUCCCAACGGCAUCUCAGGAUUACGUAUGCCCUCUCCAAGGAAGCCAUGCCAUAUGCACUUGCUGUUUCCAGCCCAUGCCUGACCGGAGAGCCGAGCGUGAGCAGGACCCUCAUGUCGCCCCUCAGCAGUGUGCAGUGUGCCUACAGCCCUUCUGCCAUCUAUACUGGGGCUGUACCCGGACCGGCUGCUUUGGCUGCCUGGCCCCAUUCUGUGAGCUCAACCUGGGGGACAAAUGUCUUGAUGGAGUGCUAAACAACAAUAACUACGAGUCGGAUAUUCUAAAGAAUUACCUGGCAACCAGGGGUCUGACAUGGAAAAACAUGCUGACAGAGAGUCUCAUGGCUCUUCAGCGGGGAGUGUUCCUACUGUCUGAUUAUAGAAUCACUGGAAACACCGUGCUGUGUUACUGCUGUGGCCUGCGCAGCUUCCGAGAGCUGACCUAUCAGUAUCGGCAGAACAUUCCUGCUUCUGAGUUACCAGUGGCUGUAACAUCCCGUCCUGAUUGCUAUUGGGGCCGAAACUGCCGCACUCAGGUGAAGGCUCACCACGCGAUGAAAUUCAAUCACAUCUGUGAACAGACAAGAUUUAAGAACUGAGCAUCAGGGGAGACAUGUAGACGGCUGCGGAGCAUUGGAGGCAACGACACCAUGUUUUUGAAAAUACUUCAUACAAACACUUUAAGGGCAUUUUUACAGUUCUUCCCCCUAAGUGGUUCUGGGGUCUCUGGCUGGAUACUAUGGUGUGGUUUUUUUGUUGUUGUUGUUUUGUGGCAUCUCAGUGUGAGACUCCCCCCAGGGCAGCCUGGCAGCCAUAGCCAUCCCUGGUGAGUGUAGGUAGUAGAUUGGCCAACUGAUGGCCUUUUGCCUAUCAGACAACUGUCCUCUCCUGCAGGGGCGUUGACUGCAGGUUUGUGCUUUUGUACCCUUACCAUUACUGCAGUUAAACCGGAAAUCUCUUUUUCAGGAAAAGACUCAUGGGAGGAAGGGGAAAUUUUAUGAAAAGCAUUCUGUUUAAGCAAAGGGAGCAUAAGUUUACAGCCUACAGGAUGUACAGAAUAUCCUGCUGUCGGGAAAACCACAGCCUUUUAUAUAUUUUUUAUUUUAAUAGGUUUGGUGCUUGUCUUCUAAUAAGAUUUAAAUAUCACAAACUGUAGCACAAAUAAUAUAAUUUAUAAUUUACAAAUUGACUAAAAUUGGGAAUGGUAUGAUAUUUGAAAGAAUGAGCAUAUGUUUCUGUUUAUUAAAAAAAGUCAAAUUAUCAAAUGUCCAAAACUGCUAACUGUGGAUGUGGACGUAAGCUUGCAGCUCCUUGCUGAAGUGUGUCAGUGGAGUUUCUGGGUCUCUGGGCAGGGCUGGUGUGGUCCUGCUGAAGAGCCGGGUGGGGCUCUUCCCUAAACCCUCCAGUCCCUCUAGAUCAGGUCCCCCCUGCUGAGACCCCUACAGGACUCCUGGAGAGGCAGGGGUUUUGCUCCCUGCUACAUUAGGUUUGCCAUGUCAUCUGGAAUAAUACUUGAAAUUUUGCUUUUUGUUAAAAAAAAAGUUUUUUAUCUUUUGUUGAACUCACCUGUUAUGUUUGCAAACUGGUAACUUUUUUGCUUCUUCUCAGGAAUACGAUUUUCAACUGUUGUCUUGCUCUUGAUAGAAACUGAGAGGCAGCACUCUGUAUUUGUGGGAGAACGUUCUCUUUUUUGAUCCUAAUAAACAAGCUGUGUUUGUUUUUCUCCUGUGUGUUGGGUCAGUGUGGAGCUGCCACAUGCUCCCAUUGUAAUGGAGACAGGCUCUGUGCAGAUUUACUAGUUCUUUACUACUCAUAAUAUAUACUUUAUUGCCUACUAGUCAAUCUGGUGGCUCCACCAGAAGAGUAACCGCAAGGGGUGAGCAAACUUGAGUCACAAGGGACUUGGCUGGGCUCAGACUCUGAGCAUCAGUGAAAACGGCACAGGGUCUCUUCAUUCUACCAUCCCUGGAAAGCAACAGACUGUCCAGUAUAGAUGUGUUUUCUGCAGCUGGGAAGAGAGGGGUGCUGUGUCUGAGAGAUGGGAACAUUCACUUCCUCUGCCUCACCCUCUCUAAGAGGUAAAAAUGAAACUGUAGACCCUAUAAAAAUUUAUAGAGUCUUUGUGCCUAGGGUUAGUUGUCAAUUUUCCUGUCUAAGAGGGAGCUUCCUGGGAAGUCACUUAUACUACUUCUGGCCUUUAAAGAAGUUUAUCUCCUGUUCCAUGCUAAAGGGGCUAGGGGGACUCAUCAGAAUUUCUGAUGAGUGUGUGGUGGUAACACAUCUUUGCAUCCAGCUCUAAUCCAAGGGAGCCUUGAGUCUGGGCGGUCAUUUCCAGUUGUGAUCUGAACUAUCUAAUUAUCAACACAGGGGAAUUGGAACUCAUACAGUGUCUUUAUAAUUUUCUGUACUUUUUUUCUACUUUGAUACCU